UGGUGCAAGAAAGCAAAACACAAAACUAUCAGACAGCGGCCUUUUUCGGACUGGUAUUUUGGAAUAACAAGUUGUGCAGCUGUAGAAUAGUUUCGGGCUUCACUUAAGAUUUUUACCAUGACUUUUCCUUCUGAUUCUGCAAAUAUUUUCUGGGUGGUUACAAGCGAACUACCUUGUUCGAGUUCGAGUGCAGAAUGAUACUCCAUGCACAGAGAAGACUUUAAUGGUAUCGUCAUAGGGGCCCGCUGGAUAUCCUGCUACACUAGGCUCCUCCGACAGUACAUUCAUACUUCCGCAAGCGCAGCGGUCACCGCGGCCAAGAUUUGUUUGACAGACAUAGAAAUACACGGAGUCGUUGCUGUAUGAUUCAUUUUUGUUGCAGCAACAAAAGGCGGAGAUACAAGAAGUAUGCGAAUUUAGGGAAGCUUAAAACGGAAAGGCUCUUGCUGUUCCUCGUCCCGUGUGACUAGUGGCUACCGUAGGCGGCCUGGGAGGUGCUACUUAUAUUCGCUCGGAGUUCUCGCGCCCGCUCUGCUGUUGUGCUUGCGGGCAAUCGGGCGAUUUGCAACAAGUGCAACCUCUCUUAUGGCGCAGAAGACCCUGUCUGACAUCCGGAACGACUUCGGGCUAUUUCGCUCGGCGGUGGCGCUUAAGCGUGCGCAACUACCCUACAAGCAAGAGGAAAUAUGUAUCAUUCACGAAGAACAUCGUCCUAGCAUAUUUUUCAUCAUCGUUGACGCGAAAUCCAAAAACAAAUCAUGGGGGAGCACAUCCGAUGCAGUUUAAUGCAUGCGAGAUAGAUGUUUUUGCCUUCGCGUUUAGAUUUGCAGGACAGGAGAAUUGAUGGUAUGCUAGCUCCUUUCUAAGUCAUAAUAUGGUCAUACUACCAGCUGGGGGGCGAGGACCAAGAAGAUGCCGAUCCGGUCUAUGACUGACUCCGGUGUUACUAUCUCAGGCGCUGUAGCUUACUACGAAACAGGAAGAGCUGCAGAUACGUGCGCUCCUCCUGUGCAAGUAUCGUGAACAGCAACAAGAUGAACGCACCAACUAUUCCUCCAGUAAAUAAAGACAAAGACCCAAAAUUUGCACAGUGCAAGGAACUGUAGAAAGACUUAAGUACGCGACAUCCUCGGGCGGGUUUUGCCCCAAAAUUUUGUGGUAGCACCCACUAAAGGGUUGCUACAAUUUUCAGCUGCUUCGAUCGGGAGAGGCGAAGUAAGUUUUUUAUUUUUUUGUGCAUGAAGUUGCCGGAGUUAUUCAGGAGGAAUUUUCAAGAGGUUGCGUUACACGCUGUGCCUGCUCGCGCUUCUGCUAUGGCAUGAUAGCUAGUGCCUGAGUUUUUUUGAGGCUCGGCCUUUCUCUCGCUAGCAGGACUCGGGGCCUUUUACAUUCCAAGGCGCAAUGUCUGCUGGCUGUUUACUUCCGUAUCGUUUUUGUGGUCUUUUGGUGUGGCAGGUGUCGAUUGUAUCACGGCAAGCAUAAUUGUGCAGUAGCUGAGAUUGGAACACUUGAGCCAGGCCAUACUGGCGUCUUUCUUCCUGGCACAACCACCGGCGCGGAGUGCUUCUUUUACCAGCUUGACGCCCUCAGCUGCAAAGGGUACUCGUCUGUUGUAACUACUGCACCAUUUUUUCGCUACUUGAACAUUUGCUGCACAAGCAUACUGCAUCAAUUAUAUAUAUAAUCGUCAUGGACCCACUGACUCCCAUUCCUGUCUUUGUGAUGGAAUUCUCAAUGGCAGGCCUUAGGGGACGAAAAGAAAAACUGAACGAAAAGGAAAACUGAAUGAAAAGCCAAACUUCAUAUCCGUGUUUCAGGUAUCGCUGCAUCAGCUGUCAGUAUCCACCCUACUACAGCGUGGAGGAGUGUUAUCCGUGUUGAAUUUUGAGUCAUUUCAUGAUCCAAGCUUGCCCUGCGUGACCACAGUUCGUCUUCUCGUCGACGGGAAUGAAUGCUGUCGCCCUCCACACCAAGGAUACCGCGUGUCUAGGUUUACCUGUAUCUACUAGGAGGUAUUAUGCUGCGAAGAUGAACAGCCCCAGGUGCAAGUUUGGAAGUUGACUCAAGAUUUUCCUAGCAUAUGUCGGUCGAGGGUUUCGAACGAUUUCUCGACGUGAUCAAGGCCGACAAAGUCUACCUUUUUGGAUACUUAGAUGAAAACAAUUACUCCAUAGUCAGGGAGAACUUCUGUCAACAUGAUUUGCAUUUGGUAUUCGAGUCAGAGAAAAGCCCUUUCGUUCUACUCGCACUUUUAAUUACAGCCUCGCAUUUUUACAAACACAAAGCUUUCCGCCUGCGUUCAGUGUGGCGGUAACUGACGCUUUGGGCUCUGACAGAGUUUUUCAAAGCUGUACCAGUGCGGCAACUCCUCACGUUCGGGAACGGACGGUCGUCGGGGAUGAUGCCAGAAUAGCGAGGGUUUUUCUUUUCAUCCGGAGUGUCGAACAUAUUCCGUUGAACACAGAAGGGGAAGAGUUUUUAUUUUGAUAUUUGCGUUUCGCUCGGAGGGUUUUUGGCGCAGGCAUAUGCGGUCCAGCAUCCAAGACGCGUGGGGGGCUUAGUACUUUGCAAUUCCUUCACAUCCACUGCCAGCUUUGCCGAGUCGGCUGCUGGCUUUGUCGGCCUUGUACACGUCACCCCCACGCCAUUGUUACGGUUUGAGCAUUUUUUGAUUGUUUUAGCUUCUUUAGUGGCACUACUCCUGUUUCAUUUCAUCAUAGUAGCACUCACUUUCUUCUUCUUAUGCAAAAAGCCAGCAGGUUGAGGUUCUACUUCUGAGAGGUCCUUGAGUUGCUUGUGCCGUGUCCGAGCGGAGGAUAGCCGCUAUAUACUCCGUCGCGACGGGGAACGAUUUAGAACUGCAAAAGAUCCGUCGCAAAAAUUAUACUUACACCAGGUCCAUGCUUCUGGAUAACUUCCCCAGCACCGGCGAUCCGCGCGUAAUGCACGCCAACGAAUGGGUGAAAGAACGACUCGGUGGCAACGACUCGGCUCUCGACGGGUACGACCUGGCGAGCAGAAUCACCCUUGCGUACACACUGGCUACCAUUGGGCAUUUGUUGCUCGAGCCUUCGCGAAUACUCAUCAUCGACGUGAACGACCAGUGUGUUUUAAGAUUCGCAAAAGUAUUGGUCCGCACUUGAGCCUCAAGCACACGAUAUCGGAUAGCAGCAUUAGGCAUGUGAAGAGAUUUUUAAGAUGUACAAGUCUACAGAGGAGAAACAGAAAGGAAACUUUUUGUACCACCGAGCAGCUUCAUGCUGAGAAUGUAUGUCGUGAUAGAUUGGCCCUGCGGCGGGAAGCAGCAGCAAGAGACAUUCGUGAACUGCAAAUGCAGCGCGAAACCGUAUGUAAUGCGCGAUCGGGCAACUGUAGUACGGCUGCGGGUGAGUUUGCAGGGUUGCAAUUCUAAUCUAAAUGUGAGUGGUCUCCCGCCCACCUUCAGAGGCCUAUGUAAUAUCUGUCAUUCAUCAGCUUUGUUGCGGGUCUGGAGCGGAAAAUAUUUUCAGCGUGACACAUUACUACGGCCCACGUGCGGCAGGAGCUGAAGUCGAGGUACCCGGACGCGAAGGUUGCCACACUGAAGCAGGGCGGUGAUUUUCCCUUCCUCAGUUGCGCGUCCGAGCUCACGCUUUACAUCGAGGUUCAUCUUCGUAACUGUGGUCUGUUCCCGCUGAAGGAACAGAUACUUGAUGGUAUAACAAUAAAUUGAUCUGACCUAGUUAUCAAUAGAUGUAGUUUAUUAUCCGAGCAGGCACCACGUUUUUGUUAGUUCCGUGAAAGAGUAUAGAGUGUCGAUGUCUACUAGACCUGAUGACGUUGCGCUUGAGGUCCUUUCCGUCCACUAGGCCAAAUUUAGACAACCAUAGGCAACGACAGCAAAAUAAACGCGCCACUGGAAUGAAAAUACAGAGCAACGGCACUACGGUGAUUCAAGCGCCAAUCACGAGGAGCAAGUAUUGCCAGCGCCCGCGCCCCAACCAACCGCACCCGAGCACGUGCAGCCGCCCCCGCAGACCCGAACGAAAGUGCGAUACCACAAUCCCUUCGACUGAGCCACGAAGCGCGCGGAUCCGGUGCUGGACCAACUGCUGGAAGAGGUGAGCGCAGAAUUGCCCUGUUUUCGCACAGCGUCGCGCCGAACGGCUUUCGCGUUUCCCUUCGCUGUGAUCGUCAACAGCCAUUGCUUUGGAUAUUGCCUCGUCCGUUUUUUAGGAUGUAUCAGUGGAAUUGGUUUGACUUCUGAGGACGCGAGGGCGACCGCGCAAGAUGAGGAAGGAGGGCGCCUUCUUUGCCUCUCUGGAGAGAAAGCGUGAAGCGCGACUUUGUGCGAUGAAUAUACUUAAGCCACUUGCUGCGCUUCGACUGCGGACUAUUUAUCUCACUACAACAUCAAGACGGCGCCAACUUGUUUUAGUACGUCCCUGCCUCAGUGCGCGGAUUGAUCUGGUCCGUUUAGGAU